AUGUGCUGCGCCUUCGAGGAACACAAGCGCUGUCAAAAGUGCAGCAAGAUCUGGAACCGCGAGUCCCACCACAUAGCCUGUGCCAGACCUUUAUGCCGCCGCGACUUGAACCUCUCGAGCAUGCCGCCCCUGGUGAACACCGAUACGUGUCUGACGUGUAGGAUGGCCAAGAGGCGGGAGCAGGAGGAAAUGACGAGGAGGCCGGCGUCGAAUGCGACUACAUCGACGACGGCAACAACAGUGGCAUCAGAGGAGGCAGAAACAGAUGGGAGUCGUAGUGGCGGCGGAAGCAGCAGCACGGGCAGUAGGGGCAGUAGGGGCAGCAGUAUGGGCAGCCGCAAGCUGACGCCGCUGUUUUGGGACUCGAAGAUGAAUGGGUUCAGUGACGUGUGGAGCUUCAGUGGCGAGUCGUCGGAGGAUGAUGGUUGGGACAGUGUGCAGUUUUGA